AUGGGGAUGCAGUGGUUACUGGUCUGCCAUGGUCUGAUCACCCUGCUGGUUGUGAUCUCGUUUCUUUGCGGUCAAUGGCCAAUCUUUCAGGGGACUUUCGUCGAACGAAUCCACUACUUCCUCACUUUCGGCGCUUACGAUUACUUCCAGAGGCUUGUUGGGGCUGUGUUUGGGAGCAAAGGCACCAACUUCAUCCUCUCCAUCGAGUAUUUCUGCUGCGAUCGCCCUAAUCCUAUUCUUCAGAUUUUGUAUGUGGCAAUAAUUGGAGGAAUUUAUUACAUGAUUGCAAAUUCGUGUUUUAGCUACAUGCCUGGUUACUAUCUAAGUGGAGCUCACAGAUAUAUAAGCUUGAUGGGAGUUGUUGUUGGUAUUCUGUUUUUCAUUUUAACAAGCUUUUCUGAUCCCGGGAUAGUGAAGGCUGAAAACGUCUUGCAAUAUCUGAAUGCAUAUCCUUAUGACGAAGUCCUAUACAAGGAGAAAGAAUGUACCACAUGUAAAAUUCCAAAACCUGCUAGAUCAAAGCACUGCAGCAUAUGCAACCGAUGUGUUGCCCGGUUUGACCAUCAUUGUGGUUGGAUGAAUAACUGUAUAGGGGAGAGAAAUAACCGGUACUUCUUGGGUUUUCUUUUGUGGCAUUUGCUUUUGUGUCUUUAUGGAAGUGUUGCUGUAGCGUUGGUUCUUGCAGGGCGAUUGAAAGAACUGAGAGUUGUUUAUAUUUUAACUGUUUACUAUGGAAUCGAGAAUACAUUUCGCGAUUUGGCUCCUCAUGUUGUACAAUGGCUGUUGAGAUCCUACAACACUCAAAUACUUCUCAUGAUCUUUCUCGCCAUAGUUUCUCUCUUAUUAGCCGGAUUCUUUGGCUACCAUGUCAACCUUUGUCUCACCAACACCACAACAAAUGAGACUUUCAAGUGGCAGGAGCACCUAACCUGGCAAAAGAAGCUAAAUGAAGCUCGAGCAAGCGCUGCGGCGCUGAAAGCAAGCAUCAGCGACUUACGCACGGAAGCAAAGCCCCCGGAAAGCAAAUGGAGAGCCUUUUUCCGAAAAUCCCCACUUGAAGAUGCCGUUGAGGCCAUUGCCAAGCAAAACACAUACAACAAGGGAUGCUUCAGCAAUCUCGGUGAGGUCAUCUUUCCAUUCUCAUCAAGACCGUCGUUUUCUCAGACGAAAACAAAGGCUGGCUGA